AAACUGGACAUAACCAGGCCUGUGCAGACUUGCUUCCCUGCAGGAUCUCAGUCCACAUUCCCAAGUCCAGGAUCUGCUGCUGCUCAAAUCGCAUCCAGGGGGAUGGUGGCCGCAUCGUACGUCGGCGCAACUCUUUCUGAACGUGUUUGAAUUUUUCUAUCUGAUCGACAGAGAGAGAGGGAGACAAGGAGAAGGGGGGAGACGCGGACUGCAGCAGCUCCUUUUCACAUGGAGAUUUGCGCCUCGGACGUUCUGAAAAUCUUGGAACCGGGAAGCGGGGCCCUGCUGAAUUUUCCUGGACCGCUGCGCUCAACCUCGAUUUCAUUCAUUUGGGAAAAUGCUGAAUAUAAACACCAGAUGAACUAUGAUCGCUGCACACAAUGAUCUCCUCCCUCCGGCGCCAGACAAUGAGAGGUCGUAAGCUGAAGGGGGCAUUGUCCAACCCCCUCUUUGUGCUGCUUUUGGCCCUUCAGAUCCUGGUGGUGGCUGGGCUGGUUCGUGCUCAGACAUGCCCUUCUGUCUGCUCAUGCAGUAAUCAGUUCAGCAAAGUAAUAUGUACCCGCCGCAGUUUAAGAGAUGUCCCAGAUGGCAUUUCUACAAACACUCGUUACCUAAACCUCCAGGACAACCUCAUUCAGGUGAUCAAGGUCGACAGUUUUAAACAUCUGCGCCAUCUGGAGAUCCUGCAGCUGAGCAAAAACCACAUCCGAAGCAUAGAAAUUGGCGCCUUCAAUGGAUUAGCCAGCCUCAACACCUUGGAGCUAUUUGAUAAUCGCCUCACGACAAUCCCCAAUGGAGCAUUUGAGUACUUGUCUAAGCUGAAGGAAUUGUGGCUUCGAAACAACCCCAUCGAAAGUAUACCAUCCUAUGCCUUCAACAGAGUACCCUCACUUAGAAGGCUAGACCUAGGUGAGCUCAAACGUCUCUCCUACAUUUCUGAUGGAGCGUUCAAAGAUUUAAGUAAUCUGCGCUACCUGAACCUGGGAAUGUGCAACCUCAAGGAGAUUCCUAACAUUUUACCUUUGGUCAGACUUGAAGAGCUUGAAAUGUCAGGCAACCAGCUCUCAGUCAUCAAGCCCAGCUCCUUCACAGGAUUACUGAACCUUCAGAAGCUAUGGAUGAUGCACGCGCAGAUCCAAACAAUUGAGCGAAAUUCCUUUGAUGACCUACAGUCACUGGUUGAGCUCAACCUGGCCCACAACAACCUUACAUUUUUACCACAUGACCUAUUCACACCUUUGCAUCGCCUGGAGCGCGUCCACCUACAUCAUAACCCCUGGAACUGCAACUGUGAUAUUUUGUGGCUUAGCUGGUGGCUGAAGGAGACAGUACCCGCCAAUACCAGUUGCUGUGCCCGUUGCCAUACUCCAACCAACUACAAAGGUCGCUACAUUGGAGAACUGGAUCAUAGCUAUUUCCAGUGUGACAUUCCUGUCAUUGUUGAGCCACCGAGUGACCUGAAUGUGACAGAAGGAAUGGGUGCAGAGCUAAAAUGUCGUACAAGCUCCUUGACAUCCAUCACUUGGUUGACGCCAAAUGGCUCACUGGUUACACAUGGGGCCUAUAAGGUGCGCUUGUCUGUGCUCAAUGAUGGGACGCUGAACUUUACUAGUGUCAUGAUGCAGGACACUGGAACUUACACCUGCAUGGUUAGCAACACAGCAGGCAACAUUUCUGCCUCUGCUGUGCUUAAUGUCACUUCUGUGGAAAACAGUGGGGUGACCUAUUUUACCACAGUUACAGUGGAGACCAUUGAGGCACCCGAUGACAGCCAAACCCCACUUCCUCCAUUUGGCUGGGUGUCAUCUUCAACCACAAAAGGUACUCCAGUUUCAACUCGGACCACAGAGCGGACUUACACCAUUCCAGUUCUUGAUCUGGAUGGAGAAGGAGCCCUUAAUGGCCUCGAUGAGGUGAUGAAAACCACAAAGAUUAUCAUUGGCUGCUUUGUGGCCAUCACACUUAUGGCUGCUGUUCUGCUGGUUAUUUUCUACAAGAUGAGGAAGCAGCAUAACCAGCAGGAUUCCGAUGGCCCUGCCUCCUCCAUGGAGGUCAUUACAGUUGAAGAAGAGCUUGCCGGUGUCGCUGCUAUGGAGAGACACCUCCCACUGCCCCCUCUGGAGCACUACAACCACUACAACUCCUACAAGAGCUCUUACCACCAUCCUCCAAUGCUCAGUACCAUACACAGCUCAGCCACACAGGAACCUUUACUGAUUCAAGCCUGCUCAAAAGACAAUGUACAAGAGACCCAAAUAUGAACAUGCUUUUGACUAAAAUAUCCACCACCAACAGUUUCAUAUGUGGGGUACAAUGGACCAAAAUAUGAAAAUAAAAUAAAACAAAAAUUACUUCAACUUGACAGAGUUGAUGUUGAUAAUGGC